GACGCAACACGUAUCCUAAAAUUUGAAAGAGAGAGAACAAUUUCUCUUCCCGCUUCAGAGUAGUGAGUCAGCUUGCAUAGGAUAUAUUCCGAUGUGAAUAGACUGAAGCUUCAUUCUAAACUUUGCUGUUCGAAAAUUUAUUUUCAUCGAAGCGAAAUUGACGAAAUUCUUGGAUUCGAAAUGAAGAUUCCGAUUCGACACAGUUUCAUCGGACUAAUACUGUUGAUGGAAGCUUGUUUAUUCAUUAAAGGUGAGAAAUGCUGGAUGCCUAUGGUUUGCGACGGGCAACCUACUUGGAGAGACGUUAAGAAUGGACAGUGCACAAAAGACGAAGAGAACGCUUUGGAAGCCUUAACGGAACAAUUACACGGAAUGAAAAGUGAGCUCCAUCAGUUAAAAAAGACAAUGGAAAAAUCAGAGACAAACUCAGUGCUGUCCUCUGUUGCAAGUGUCAAAGAAACGACCACGCCCUCUGUUGCAAGUGUCAAAGAAACGACCACGCCCUCUGUUGCAAGUGUCAAAGAAACGACCACGCCCCCUGUAGCAAGUGUCAAAGAAACGACCACGCCCUCUGUAGCAAGAUACAAAGACAAGAAAACUUCUUCUACCAGCGCUUCAACCGCCAUUGGCACAUCACCUUGGUCAACUAAGGAAGCCUUUUUCUCUACUUUUCGCCCACAAACUACAAAAGUUGAACAGAAUACAGAGCCAAUCUAA